AUGGGUGCCAAGGAGUGUCCAGUGUUUCCCACUGAUCUGGCUUUCGUAGUAGAUACCUCAUCUGAUGUAAACCGUAAUGCCUUUAACAACAUGAAGGAAGCUGUUUUAAGGGUGGUGAAUGAACUGGCCAUUACUGAAAGCAACUGCCCCAGAGGAGCUCGAGUGGCCCUGCUUACAUAUAACAGUGAUGUUACAACAGAGAUCCGCUUCUCAGAUGCUCUGCGCAAGCCAGCUCUGCUCCAAGAAAUAAGAAAUUUGCAGCCCAAACAAACAAGCAAACAGCGUAGCUUGGAGAGCGCUAUGGCUUUUGUGGCACGGAACACAUUUAAGAGAGCAAGAGGAGGGUUUCUCCUUAGAAAAGUGGCAGUGUUUUUCAGUAAUGGACAAACCAAAGCCUCCCAGCAACUCAAUGAGGCAGUGCUUAAGCUGUAUGAUGCAGGAGUGUCAUCUGUCUUCCUCACUAAUAGGGAAGACAGGGUAUUGUCUAAUGCUCUGCAGGGGUCCUAUCAUAUAUAUGCUGUAUUUAUCCAUUCCAGGUUAACAACACAGCUGUGGGUCAGGCUAUUGUUUCUCAGUACAGGUGCUGCUCAGUUUAAUGAAACCAUUCGCAAAGUUUUGUCCUGCCAUGUAUGUCUAGAUAUAUGUGAACCAGACCGUACAUGUGGGAGCAGCAUUGGUACACCAAGAGGAGAUUUCCGUCUGCGCCGUUCAACUACCACUGAUGAAGACAUUGACCUUGUUUUCCUCCUUGACAGCUCAGACUCCACCACUGCUGCCCAGUUUGCAGAGAUUAAAAACUUUUUGUACUAUGUCGUCAGGGAACUGGAACUUAGCCCAGAACCUAAGACCUCUUCCCAUCAUGCCCGUAUUGCUGUGGUCCAGCAUGCCCCUUAUGAGUACCAAAAUAAUGCCAGCACCUCCCCUGUACAAGUAGAUGUUGGGUUGACAGAAUACGGUUCCCCUCUUCAAUUGCAUGACUUCAUUCUAAAUAAGAUGACUCAACUGUAUGGUGCAAGGUCACUUAGCAGUGCUAUCCAGUAUACUGUAGAUCAUGUAUUUGGAACAGCACCAUAUCCUAGGGAAAUGAAAGUAAUUUUCCUAAUCCUGACUGGAGAAGUGAAGGCCUCAGAACUCAAACAGCUUUAUAGAACAGUAACUGAGGCUAAGUGCAAGGGUAUAUUCUUUGUGGUUCUUACUGUUGGAAAGAAAGUAAAUGUGGGCCAAUUGAUUACCUUGGCCAGUGAACCUCAAGAUGUCUUCUUUAAGAAGGCAAGCAACCCAUCCGAGCUGCUUGAGAAGAACCUACUGCGAUUUGCAUUACAGCUACCAGGAUUCAUCAGCAGUAAGUAUGAUUCUGGGGAUAGAAAGUAGAAAUGUACUAACUCC